UCCGGAGCGGGCGCUGCUGAGGGGCUUCUCCACGGAGGCGGAGCGGCGGCUGUGCACGCAGGAGGGGCGCUGUGGCCCAGGUGGGGGCUGUGAGGACGGGGCUUGCGGGCCUGAUUAUUAUUAUUUUUUUAAUUACAGAUAUUGGAGUUUUCUUAGACUUGCUGUUGGAAGGGAGCUAUGAGGCCAUGUUCUUACAUUCAGUGACACGAAAUAUAUUCAACUCCACAAUGAUGGCUGAAGAAAAGAUUGACAGCUACCUGGAGAAGCAGAUAGUAAAUUUCCUGGAUUGCUCUACAGAUUUGGAAGACAUUGAAAGACAGCAGCUGGUUUUCUUACUUGGUGUGAGCAGCUUGCAGCUGUUUGUUCAGAGCAACUGGACUGGGCCUCUCGUGGACUUGCACCCUCAGGAUUUCUUACCAUCUGUUCUGCUUGAGCGGUUUGGUGAGGUCAAAGGACUGGAUGCUAUUAUUCUGGGCCUGCUCAUUCUAGAUGGUGAAUCUAUCUACAGCCUGACCUCAGAACCCAUACUGCUGUUAAUAGCACGCAUUGUGCUAGUGAACGUCAGACAUAAACUAACAGCUCUCCAGAGCUUGCCGUGGUGGACUUUGCGAUAUGUGAAUAUUCACCAGCAGUUGCUGGAGGAGCGUUCGCCUCAGCUCUUUGCUCUUGCUGAAAGCUGUAUUGAUCAAGUGAUGAAACUAGAGAAUUUAUUUGAAGGUGAUUCAGGCCGACUUUUAGCUAUUCAAUUCCAUCUGGAAUGUGCACAUGUAUUUUUAUAUUAUUAUGAAUAUAAAGAAGCAAAAGACCGGUUCAAUACUGCUAAAGACAUCAGCAGGUUACAGGUUGAUCUGACAGGAGCUUUGGGGAAAAGGACACGAUUCCAGGAAAAUUACGUGGCACAGCUGAUUCUAGAUGUCAGGAGAGAAGAGGACGUCCCUUCCAGUCGUGAGUUCAGCCCAGCACCCACCCCCCAGGAAUACUUAACCAAGAAUCUUGAGCUCAACGAUGAUACUGUUCUGAAUGAAAUCAAGUUAGCCGACAGUGAACGGUUUGAGAUGCCUGACCUGUGUGCUGAAGAGCUUGCUGUCAUCCUCGGAGUCUGCACAAAUUUCCAGAAGAACAACCCAGUUCAUAAGCUAACUGAGGAGGAGCUGUUGGCCUUCACAUCUUGUUUACUUUCACAACCGAAGUUCUGGGCCGUUCAGACGUCAGCCCUGAUCCUGCGGACAAAGCUUGAGAGAGGAAGCACUCGGAGAGUGGAGCGGGCCCUGAGGCAGACGCAGGCUCUUGCAGACCAGUUUGAAGAUAAAACUACACCUGUGCUGGAACGUCUGAAGAUCUUCUAUUGCUGUCAAGUGCCCCCGCACUGGGCUGUCCAGCGCCAGCUUGCAGGUUUGCUCUUUGAGUUGGGGUGCACCACUUCAGCCCUUCAGAUAUUUGAGAAGCUGGAGAUGUGGGAAGACGCGGUCAUCUGUUACGAAAGGGCUGGGCAGCAUGGGAAGGCAGAAGAGAUCCUUCGGCGAGAACUGGAGAAGAAGGAAACGCCAAGCUUGUAUUGCUUGCUUGGAGAUGUCCUGCAAGACCACUCCUGCUAUGACAAGGCCUGGGAGCUGUCUCGACACCGAAGUGCGCGUGCCCAGCGCUCCAAAGCCCUCCUCCAUCUUCGGAACAAGGAGUUUCGGGAAUGUGUGGAGUGCUUCGAACGCUCAGUGAAGAUUAAUCCCAUGCAGCUUGGGGUCUGGUUUUCUCUAGGCUGUGCCUACUUGGCCUUGGAAGAUUACAUGGGCUCAGCGAAGGCGUUUCAGCGGUGUGUGACCCUAGAGCCUGAUAAUGCUGAGGCUUGGAACAAUUUAUCCACUUCUUAUAUUCGAUUGAAACAAAAAGUCAAAGCUUUUAGAACUUUACAAGAAGCUCUCAAAUGCAACUACGAACAUUGGCAAAUAUGGGAAAACUAUAUUCUCACCAGCACCGACGUCGGGGAGUUUGCAGAAACCAUUAAAGCUUACCACCGGCUCCUGGACCUACGAGACAAAUACAAAGAUACUCAGGUCCUUAGGAUUCUGGUCAGGGCAGUGGUCAGUGGUCUGAGCGAUCGAAGUGGAGACGUUGCCUCCAGCCUCAAAGGGAAGCUGCGGGAGUUGUUUGGCAGAGUGACCUCAAGAGUGACCAACGAUGGAGAGAUCUGGAGGCUGUAUGCCCAAGUACAUGGAGACGGGCAGAGUGAGAAGCCUGAGGAGAACGAGAAGGCAUUCCAGUGUCUCUCAAAGGCCUACAAGUGUGACACACAGUCCAACUGUUGGGAGAAAGACGUUACAGCGUUUAAGGAAGUUGUUCAAAGAGCCGUGGGACUCGCACAUGUGGCUAUAAAAUGCAGUGAGAGCAAGUCCAGUCCCCAGGAAGCUGUGCAAGCACUCUCCUCGGUUCGGCUCAACAUCCGGGGUUUGUUGUCCAAAGCAAAGCAGAACUUUACAGAUGUGGCAAGCGGAGAAGUCUCUGGAGAGCUAGCCAAUGAAAUAGCAGCUAUGGAUGCCCUGCAGGCUGAGCUGCAAGACCUCAGCAACCAGCUUCGAAACCGAUACUGACUGUGCUAGAAGCAGUUUGCGGCUAAGGCACCUUUGACUUCUCCAUUUCCUCCAUUGCCUGUGUAUCUGAAACACAAGAUACGGAUUUUUAAAAUAAAUUUGUUUGCUGGCAGACAGGCUUAUUUUGUGAUGUUCUCAGAUGUUAGCAGUUCUGAAGUUCAUUAAACAGAAAUGUUGGUUGUA